CAAAAAUAAAUAAAACUAGAGAAGCCAUGCCAAACACAACCCUACAAAAGUUUUGAAUAGAAAAAUCUUGGACAAAGGAUUUGCCCACCCACCCAUCCGUGCAAAGAUAAAGUAAAUCAGAGUCACUGAAACGCAAGAACAAAAGGAAAAAAAAAAAAAAUCUAGAAAGCCAAGCGGGAGCAAGAUUGAUAAAAGAUGAAGCUUUCGACAAAGCCUAUAUCGAGUCCGGGUCGGGUUGAGAAGUAUCCGCCACCGUUGAUGCGGUUCUUGAGAAGCAAUGUUGGGAGCAGAAGCAGAGGGAGGUCACGUGCAAGCCCUAUGUUUGUUGUGCUCCCGAAGAAGACUGCCGCCAUUGAAACUCAAGAACCCACCUCACCCAAGGUCACGUGCAUGGGACAGGUGCGUGUCAGACGGUCAAAACAACCAGGGAAACGAACUGGAGCCCCGACUAAAGGUCGGUGUAAGUGGAUGAAAAAAGCCUUCCUUUGCCGCCAUUUUGAUUGGAAAAUCAAGCCCAAGUCGUUGAGACCCGUUUGGCGAAAGUGCGUAAUGUUUUUUCGUAUGAGUUUCCGAAGUAGAAAUGGAAGUAAAAUUAGAGAAGAAUCGUGGAAAACAGAAUCGAAAUUUGGAAGUACAAAUGAAGGCUUUGUUCAGGAAGAAGAUGCUAAAGUGUUUGUGUCACCUUCUUUUACGCCGCCGAGAAACGCUUUGUUGUUAACAAGGUGUAGAUCUGCACCGUACAGGUCAUCAUCGUUAGCUGGUAGGUUUUGGGGGUCGCCACUAGCAAGUGAAGAAACAGAGCAAGAAGAGGCAAAAACAGCUAGAACAGAGUGGCAAAACAGAGGAGUCGAGAAUCCCACAUCUGGAAGAGAGUCCAUUUGCAGAGAUUCGGAUCACGAAUUGAAAAUGGAUCCAGAAACUGAGGAAAAGUUGGGAUUUUUCAAAGAAUUUGAUGCUCCAAUUAAUAAAAUUAAAGAAAGGUUUAUAAAUUUUCAAGAAGUAAAGAUAGAGGAAACAGUAACUGUUCGGCCUUUGACACUCACUAGGUGUAAAUCGGAACCGGCCAGAGCCGGAGAGAGGCUCGAUGCUGAUAUGAUUUUUUAGAAGAAAAGAAGGUUUGAUUUCUCAUGAAUUAGUAAAUUAAUUAAUUAAUUUAAAUUUGUUUUCACUCAAUUUCUUCUCUAUGUAUUUGGUUGGCAACCUCAACAGAAUAUAGUUUUCUUUUGUAUUGUAUUGUGUAUUUUCACCUGUGUAGAGCUGUACAAAGAAUCUCUAUGGCUCUAUGGUAAUAUAUAAAAAUGGCCACAAAGUUAAGUUGUUUCGUACACUUAAAAAGAUGAAAUAAAAAUAUGAAAUUUGUGUA